AUGGACCAUUUUUUUGCAGGGGGAAUCUUCCCUUUGCAAUCACCAGAGGGUGUAUACAAGUACAACUUGGACCAAGCAAAACGCGCAUGCGAAGAGAGGGGUGCAGUUCUCGCCUCCUAUAAUCGGCUGUACGAGGCCUGGCAGCAAGGAUUGUCCCACUGCGCAUGUGGAUGGCUGUCGGACGGAACUAGUCGUUUUCCAAUGCAGGCUGUCCACGAUGGCUGUGGAUCCGCCAAGGUCAACAUGUGUGACCGGUCGGAGGCCGACGCCUGGUGCUUCCGCAGCCGUGGGGUGACUUUCCCUUUGCGAUCACCAGAGGGAACAUACAAGUACAACUUGGACCAAGCAAAACACGCAUGUGAACAGCAGGCUGGCGCAGUUCUCGCCACCUAUGACCAGCUGUACGAGGCCUGGCAACAAGGAUUGAAUUACUGCGCAUGCGGAUGGCUGUCGGACGGAACUAGUCGUUAUCCAAUGCAGGUUGUCCACAAGGACUGUGGAUCCGCCGCUAAGGUCAACACGUGUGGCAGGUCGGUGGCCGACGCCUGGUGCUUCCUCAAAUACUGUAAGUAACUUUAAAGUAAGAAUCCCCUCACGCAUACUCAUAUA